AUGGCAGCUCUGACUGUGACUCUUCUUGCUUUAGCAGGUGUUUCCUGCAGCCAGGCUUCAGAUUGUUCCUAUUCUGCUCUGUUGAAUCACCUCAAGCUGGAUGCGACGAACAGCGGUCUUCAGAUCGAACGUCCUGUGAAGAACUGGAACACAAUCACAGAGGUUCAGCUGGAAAUGAUUCUGGACAGCAUUUUAGACGUGGAUGAGAAGCUUCAAACUGUGACAAUUCACAUUUAUGUCAGAAUGUAUUGGAUUAAUGAACAUCUGACCUGGAAUUCCUCUGAGUUUUGUGGGAUAAACAUAUUAAACAUUCCAGUUUCGAUGAUCUGGGUUCCAGAUAUAAUCAUACAGGAAGAUGCCUCUGAGACUGCAAACUCUCAUGACCAUCCUCUGGUCAGCGUGUGUCCGAACGGGAAGGUCAGUUUAGUCAAACGGCUUCAGCUGACCUACAUCUGCAAGUUGAACCUCUUCAGAUUCCCGUUUGACAGCCAAACCUGCAACAUCACAUUUUCAUCCCUGAAUUACAACAACGACCUGUUGAAGCUGGUAAAAUCCACCAACGACUCCGUCCUGAUGAAGCUGUCGGGUCUCAAGAUGCUGACUGAGGGCGAAUGGAAGCUGGUGAACAUGGAAAGCAUCAGCUACACGUCUCUCAUUCAGAGAAGUUCACUUGUUUACCAGAUCACUCUGGAGAGGAAGCCGUUUCUUUACGUCGUCAACUUAAUUUUGCCCUUGUUGUUUUUGCUGAUUCUGGAUUUGGCCUCGUUCUUCGUCGGUGUGAGCAGCGGCGAGAAGCUUAGCGUCCAGCUCAAGAUACUGCUGUCCAUCUUCAUCCUUCUGCCUAUUCUUAAAGACAUUUUACCGUCCACUGAAGACUCUCUGCCUGUGAUGGCCAUUCACUGUAUCUCAGUUUUCACCCUGGUGUGGAUCAAUGUGUUGGAGACGAUGCUGAUCAGCCUGUUAAAGGACGUCGUCUGCUGUGUUGGUGAGGAACAGCAAAAUGCUGAGGUCAUCAAAGUGAAAGAACAGGAAGCUGAUAACCGAAACGAGUCUACGGGAGUUUCAGGAACAGAUAAACCGGAGGAGACUAACUCGCCGCUGGAUUUACCCGGUGAUUCACGGGAGCUGAAAUUCAUCAUGGACAGAACGAAACCUGGUCCAAAAACCCCAGAAACACAGAAAAACAUGCAAAAGUCCAACAGGCUUAGAUGGGUUCAAAUCUUUGACUCUGUAUUCUUCGUCCUCUACUUUGCCACUGUUGUGUUUACACAAGCUUUUUUAUUUGGUCUUUGGAAAGUUUAUGUUUAGAACCAAUUUCUGAAACUUCUCAGAAAGUUCACUGUUUUGGU